AUGGCUCCACCAAAGAAGACCGUUAAGAUGGAUUUGAACUCCUUCUUAAAUGAUGAUACUUUUACAUCAUCAUGGAGUGAAGAUGAUGUUGAUUUAAACAACAUUAGAAUUCCAAUUGAAAAUACUUCUGCUAACACUAUUCCUUUGGAAGAAUUAAUGGCUCAAAGAAAUGCUGCUAAUGCAGGGGGUAACUCUUUCAAUCAAGGUGGUAGAACUGGUGGUCAUUUAGAUCCUGCUUUAGGUGGUGGCUCUAGAAGAGCUCGUGAAGAAUAUCCUGUUCCAAAUGAACCUCCAUAUAGAGCUAUUAUUAACAAUAUCCCAUGGGACAUCAGUCCAGAGGGUGUUAAAGCUUGGGUUGAAGAUGGUUUAGCUAAACCAGAUUCUGUUGAAGACGUUGAUUUACCAGUUAAUCCAUCUGACCCAACUCGUUUAAAGGGUCUUGCUUUCAUUACUUUAAAGGAACGUGAAGAUUUAGUACAAGCUUUAACUUUCAAUGCUACUAAAUUGAAUGACAGAACUGUCUAUGUAUCUGUUGCUGCUCCAAGAAGAGGUGGUUUCAGAUCUGGUGGUGCCGACUUUGAUUGGGGUGCCGCUAGAGGUUCUAAUUUUGAAGCCUCUGGUCCAGGUAGAGAAGAAGCUAACUUAGAUUGGGGUGCCGCUAGAGGUUCAAAUUUCCAAGCUUCAAGACCACCAAGAGAAAGAAGAGAAGAACCAAAUCUAGAUUGGGAUUCUGCUAGAGGUUCCAAUUUCCAAAAUUCAAGACCACCAAGAGAAAGAAGAGAAGAACCUGAUUUAGAUUGGGAUUCUGCUAGAGGAUCUCAUUUUAAGACUCAAGGUCAGCCAAGAGAAAAGAGAGAAGAAGCUAAUUUGGAUUGGGAUGCCGCUAGAGGAUCUCACUUCAAGGCUCAAAGACCACCAAGAGAACCAAGAGAAGAACCAAAUCUAGAUUGGAAUGCUGCUAGAGGUUCAAAUUUCAAAGCCCAAAGAGCUCCAAAAGAAAGAAACAACGAACCUGAACUAGACUGGGGUGCCGCAAGAGGUUCUAAGUUCCAAGAUAUAAAUACUAGAACCAAUAACAACAAUAGAAGAAGAAACCAAACUCAAGAAGAAAAACCUGUUGAAGAAAAGAACAAGAUUCAAAGAUCUGCAUACGAUAUUCUAAGGGAUGAUGGUGAUGACGAUGAAGAAGAAGGAGAAGAAAAGGUUCAACCAAGUGAACAAAAUAUUAUUAAGGAAGUCAACGAGACCACUCAAAAGGUUUCCGAACUAACUGUUGAUGACAACAACAAUGACGAAUGGGAAGUCGUCGGUAAGAAAUAA